AAAAAAGAAAUGUGAGAAAAUAGAAAGGAAAAAGAACAACAAGACGACAUAAGAAAAAGCAUAAAAUCAAAAGAUACGAGAAACGUCGAAUCUCCAAACCGUUAUUCACCAAUCAAGACCAUGGGAACUCCAAAUCCUCGCACCUGGUCGGAGCUCCCUCCAGAUUUGCUGGGAUCUAUUUUUCAUCGAUUAAGCUUUACCGAUUUUCACCGCGCGAAGAUUGUUUGUUGGAACUGGAACUUGAGUUCGAAGCUAACAGUUCCCAAGAAAAUAAGAUCUCCAUGGCUGAUGCUGUUUCCAGAAGGAGAUAACGAAGAUGGUUCUGUGCUACUGUUCAAUCCAGAAGAAGAAGAAAAGAUUUACAAGACAAAGAGAUACUUUUCAGGGAUUCGAUUCCUUGCAAACUCGGGUAAAUGGUUCCUAUUGAUAGACUCUCUAUUCAAUCUCUAUAUCAUUGAUGUGUUUAGCGAGAACAAGAUAGAUCUUCUGCCUCUAGAAGAGUCUCUACUAGAUAAAGAGGAAUCCGAAGAUUUAACGGGUCUUUUGUGGGUAGACGAAAAGACGGCAGAGUACGUUGUAGUCUUGUUCUUCAACUUCCCUAGCGGAAAUGUUGGCUUUUGCAAGAAAGGUGAUGAUCAUUACACUAAAAUUCCGCUGCAUUGCGGAGUCCCGUGGAGGUUACAAGGGUUAAUAGAUGCGGUGCUCUUGGGUUACCGUCUUUACAUCCGCACGGAGCUUAGUUACAUUCGUAUCCUAGAUUUGUCUACACAACAAGGUUUCGAGGAUGUUAACAAGUACGAACCAUUCCAAGUGUUUUCUUCAACUCAAGAUUGUAGCAUUGCGGUUACAACACGAGGAGAGGUUUUGUUGGUCAAGAGCAUCCUCGACAACACAACCAUUGGAAGCCAUAGGAGGUUUUGCAUCUUCAAGAAUAUAGACUACAAUCCGCAAGAAGAGGUUGAUUCUCUAGGUGAUGAGGCCUUGCUUCUUAACUUAGGUAUUCUCUUGCCUAGCAUCGCACCAAACUCCAUCUAUUUUACCCGUCAUGGUCGUAUCUAUCACAAGGAGCAUUUUAACCUGGACUUAUGUGUGUUCAAUCUCGAAACAAAAACCCUCAAACGCUUCCCUAGUCUCGCCAAUAUGAAGCUCAAGGAUGCUCAAUGGUUUUUCCCUGGCAUUUGAAAAUUUCAAACUUUUCAUUUAGUUUCUUUUGUUUUGAAUGAAUGUAAAAUUUUAGUUAAUCCAAUAAAAAAACCUUUUUACAACUACUUGUUACUUCGAGUUUGAAGUUUUAUAAUUACAUGUCUUGGACAAUUCUUCGAUCCUUUGCCUU